AUGGAUGCUGCCGGUCCCAGCUCAGAACAAAGUCCCAAACCCGAGCUUUCUGCAGCGAUGCGAGCUAAAAUCGAGCGGAACCGGCAGCGGGCGUUGAUGUUGCGGCAAGCCAGACUAGCGAGCCGCCCUUUGUCCGCUGUGGAUGGCGCAACCUCGGCCAAAAUCUCCAAGACCAUCGACUCCGGUGCCGGCUUCUUCAUCGAGGAGGAGGAAGGCGGAGAGGAAGAGCUGAGGACCAAGAAGGUUGUGCAUCAGCCAGCUCCAGUGAUUGAGCCGGACUACCUGAUGUGCGAUGAUUGUCAAAAACCGUUCAUGGACUCGUACCUCAGCAACAGCUUUGACCUUUGUGUCUGUGACAAGUGCAGAGACAACGAAGAGAAGCAUAAGCUAAUUUCCAGAACUGAGGCCAAGCAGCACUACCUGCUGAAGGACUGCGACCUGGACAAGAGAGAACCUCCGCUCAGGUUUAUACUGAAGAAAAACCCUCAUAACCCACGCUGGGGAGACAUGAAGCUCUACCUCAAACUACAGGUGGAGAAUAGGUGUAUGGAGGUGUGGGGUUCAGAGGAGGCUCUGGAGGAGGCCAGAGAAGCGAGGGAGGAGAACAAAGAGGUGCAGAAACAAAAACGCUUCAACAAGAAGGUCAAAGAGCUGCGCAGGGCGGUGAGGAGUAGCAUGUGGACCAAAGACAUCAGCGGUCACCAACAUCAGUAUGGACCAGAGGAGGUGGUGGAUCCAGAGGAGGACCUCUAUAGGAAAACCUGCACCACCUGCGGGCAUGAACUCACCUACGAGAAGAUGUAGAUACACACUAAGACUGACUUUUUAACCUACAAGAGGAUGUUUGGUGCUUCUGCAGGGAACCAUGCCUCUCCCUCCAGUCGUACUUUAUUUUUCUACUGGUAUUUGUUUGUAUAGCUCAUUAAUACACUCCAUCCUGAUCACAUGCAAGAGGCCAACAUCACUGUCCUGUGUGUCACACACAGGCUUUUGUAUGUCAGUAGAAAUUUCUAUUUUAAACAGCCAUUACUGACCUGAGCAAUACUAUUUAUUUUUAGCAAUAACUCCUCGCCUGUCCAGUCGACUGCCUAUUGCUACACUUCCUGUUUCAUAUAUAGCAUGUAGAGAUUCCCUCUUGCAGUGGGCAAAUUAAGGCAGGCAUAAAACUGAAACUUGGCAAUACUGUCCUCUGUAAAAUAUCUAGUUGUGGAGCCUACUUUAUAGCUGAAUCCAAAUGUUCACUUCACAUGACCACUGUGGCUAUAAUCAACUCGACAGCAUUAUGGGGAACUACUCCAUGCUGGGUUUUCUCUCACUAUUCACUCUGGUUUGGAAAUUGAUGUCCGUCAUUGUCCUGAUAUUCACUUGGUGUUAAUAAAAGGACUGGUGCUGUGAGUUUGCUCAGGAGAUAUUUAUUGUUUUAUUAAGAGGCUGAGAAACAAUGUGUAUAACAUCUCAAGCUCUGAUUAGGCUUUAUGUAACUGCAAUUCACCUUAGUUAGAAUGUGUUCUGGUUGCCAUUGUUCAGCACUUAUGUGAACAGGAUGGGCAUGUGUAGUGUGGUAUGUCAGCCACCCCUAGUGCAUCCUUUUUAAAGUAACUUAUUGUAAGUGUAUACACAUUAAGAUCUUUGCCAGGUUUGCAUUUUUUAGUUUAUAAGCUGCAAAUUUCUUAAAUCACUUCAGAUAUUUUAAUGUGAAGCCAUGUCUCUGCUUAUUUAAGUGUUAAAGAAGCCUAAGCUACUUUGUUAAAAACAAGUUGUU